GCCCCGCCCCCUACUCCGCCGAAAGCUCCAAGGCUUCUACUGAUUUCCUUUACUGGGCUCAGGAAAGCGGACAGUGACGGACUGUGGGGUCUGCAGUGCUACGGGGACAACUGUGAUUGGGGCUCAUAUCCAGACUCGGAGGAAGACCGUGUUCACUUUAAGGACUCAAAGUCAGUGACUGAGAACAGAAAAGGCCAGCAGUCAUCUGCUCACUCAGAUAGACCUUUGGUAUCAUCUCCUCAUCACCUGCAUUACCUUGCAGCUGCAGAGGAAGAGGAGAGUCCAGAGCGAGUGGUGCAGAAGGAGAGACUGCAUGCGGAACUGAAACACGUCUUGAGUCUUAAAAGAAGCUUCACUGCAGAAAGGACACAGCUGUCGAGACAAGACAUGGCCAUGCCAGCGGAGAUCACUGUGAUCCAGGAGACCCUAAAAAAGUCUGAACUCAUGGAAGUGGUGGUGGAGACAGAAGCUGAGGCUGGAGCCCGUGGUUUCAGUGUAUCAGGAGGAGGAGCACAAGGCAUUUUCGUUAAGGAAGUGCUGAAAGAUUCUCCUGCGGCCAAAGCCCUCAGCCUCAGAGAAGGAGAUCAGCUGCUUAGUGCCAGGGUGUACUUUGACAAUGUCAAAUAUGAAGAUGCCUUAAAGAUUCUUCAGUGUGCUGAGCCAUACAAAGUAUCCUUCCUGCUGAAGCGCACCGUUCCCGGCGCAGACAUCAGCACUUCGUCAGGCUCGGCCAGCUUGGAAGUCAAAGGUCCCAAAGCCAAGAUACCAAAACUGAGUGUUAAAAGCAUUGCUCCUCUGAGAAAGAAAAAGAAGAAAGCCAAGGCCGGUUCAAGGUUAAGUGCAGAAGUAACUCUUCCUGCAUCAGGCAAAUUCAAGAGGGAGGCCUCGCCAGCUAAGUUCGAACUGAGUCCAGUGGAUGUGGAAUUUGCCUUCCCAAAAUUUCCAAAGCUGAAAGGUGUGAGCAAGACAAACACGGAAGGCGAUAUCAGCCUCAAAAGUCCAGAGAUACAAGCUAGCGUUGCAAGACGGAAGAAAAAGAAAAUCAGAUUACCUAGAAUGAGAGUAAAAGAUGCCGCAGCAGCAAGAGCUGUGGCGGAUGUGGAUCUAAAAUCACCAGCUGUGGAGAUAUCCGUGAAGAAGCCAGAAGGGAAGAUAGAACUGGGUACUCCUGAAACUAAAGUCAAAACUAAAGAAAAAUCCACAAAAUUUGGAAUUUCUUUCCCAAAAACUAAGAAACCAAAAGUUGAUGCAGGACUUUCAUGCUUAGAGGCAAGCAAAGGGAUAAGUCCACCUGGAAUCAAAUUAAAGCCUCCAGAUGUAGAGUUUGACUUUAGCCUCCCAACUGGAAAAGCAGAUUCGAAGAUUGCUAAAGGAGAGGUGAGUAAGGAAGAUGUCAAAAUCAAGACGCCUAAAGUGGAGCUUGAUUUCGGUUUGCCCUCUGGCAAAGCUGAAGCCAAAAUAUCCGACCCAGAUGUUGAUGUUAAGGGCACAAUGAAAGAAGGCAUUAAAUUUAAACCACCAAAACUUGAUUUGGAUAUCAGCUUACCAAAAGGAAAGGUUGAGGAUACAAUAGCUAUGCCAGAGGCUGAGGUGAAAAGUAAAGAUGGUUUUAAAUUUAAACCACCUAAAUUGGAUCUUGAUCUUAGUCUGCCUGCAGGGAGUGUUGACUCAACUGAAGGAGACCUAGAUAAGGAUGGAAGACUCAGAAUGCCUCAAGUGAAGAUUCCAAAAAUAGGGGUUUUCUUACCAUCUGCUGAAUUUGAGGGUGACACUUCCAAAGACAGAUACAAAAGAGAUUCUUACGGCAAGGAAGACAAGUAUAAAGCUGGACUAAAGAUGCCGUCUAUUGACAUUGAUGCGCCAUCAUUAAACAUUGAAAUUGGUUUGCCAACAUCUAAAGUAGACAGUGAAGGAGAUGUGAAAUUUCAUCCAGCUGAGGGUAGUACAGAAGCUGGUCUAAAGGCUCCUGAUGUUGAAAUAAAAAUGCCAAAAAUGACACUUCCAAAAUUUAGUGGAGCUGAGGGAGAAAUUAAAGCUCCAAAGACUCAAGUGCAUCAUGGUAAAAUGGAAAUAGAAGGUCCAGAUUUUAAAUUAAAGGGGCCCAAAAUAAAGAUGCCAUCAUUUGGUGUUACCUUACCUACAAUGACAAGAGAUACAUCUCAGGCAGAACAUGAGCAAAUGAUUCAUGAAGAUGGUGAAACAGGAAAAAUUAAGUUACCAACUGUCAAAAUGCCUUCCAUUGAUAUCUCGGUGCCUGUUCCAGAUGUGGACUUGCAUCUUCCUAAAGGAAAGACAAGUGGACCAGAAGCUGGCAUAGAUAAAAAAAUUCAUCACAGCCAGGAAGAGUUGGAUAUGAAAAUGAAGAUGCCAAAAAUAUCCAUUCCAAAGUUCUCCAUGUUUGGCAAGUUAGAAACACCAUCAGCUGAUGUAAAUGUUUCCCCUCCUAAAGUAGAUGUUAAAUCUCCAAAAGUGGAUCUGACUGUCGGAGACAUUGAAGUUGAGGGGCCUUCCACUAAAGGAGCUAAUAUAACAAUGCCAAAAAUUGAUAUUUCUCUACCCAAAAUAAAGCCACCGGAUAUGGAUCUGAACAUGCCUGAACUAGAUAUAGAGGGUCCUUCCAUAAGGGGGCCUAAGAUAUCCAUGCCAACAGUUGAUAUUUCCCUUCCCAAAAUGAAACACCCUGAAGCAGAUGUGGAUAUUGAAGGUCCUUCUGUAAAGGGUCCUAAGAUUUCAAUGCCAAAACUUGACAUUUCUGUACCAAAAAUGAAACAUCCAGAAGCAGAUCUGGAUAUUGAAGGUCCUUCUGUAAAAGGCCCUAAGAUAUCAAUGCCAAAAUUUGACAUUUCCUUACCAAAAAUGAAACACCCAGAGGCAGAUCUGGAUAUUGAAGGUCCUUCUGUAAAGGGGCCUAAGAUAUCAAUGCCAAAAUUUGACAUUUCAUUACCAAAAAUGAAACACCCAGAGGCAGAUCUGGAUAUUGAAGGUCCUUCUGUAAAGGGGCCUAAGAUAUCCAUGCCAACAGUUGACAUUUCCUUACCAAAAAUGAAACCUCCGGAAGCAGAUCUGAAUAUUGAAGGUCCUUCUUUAAAGGGGCCUAAGAUAUCAGUGCCAACAGUUGAUAUUUCCUUACCAAAGAUGCAACAUCCAGAGGCAGAUCUGGAUAUCAAAGGUCCUUCAUUAAAAGGUCCUAAGAUAUCAAUGCCAACGGUUAACAUUUCCCUUCCCAAAAUGAAACACCCCACAGUAGAUCUGGAUUUUCAAGAUCCUUCACUAAAAGGGCCUAAGAUAACCGUGCCAGAAGUUGACAUUUCCCUGCCCAAAAUGAAACACCCUGAAGCAGACCUGAAUGCUGAGGGACCUUUUGUAAAGGGGUCUAAGAUAGCUCUGCCAACAGUUGACAUUUCCCUUCCAACAAUAAAACCUUCAGACACAGAACUAGAUAUUGAGGGACCUUCUUUAAAAGGACCCAAAAUAGGCAUUCCAAAAGUUGACAUCUCCCUUCCAAAACGAAAGUCAGCGGAAAUAGGUGUGUCAGUGCCUGAAGGAGACGCCAGUCUUAGCAUGCCAUCGAUGAAAAUCCCAACCAUUGACAUCAACAUGCCUAAAAUAGAUCUUGAUUUAAGUAUUUCAAAGACCAUGGAAGGUGCAAGCAUGGAGUUGCCUGAAUCUACUAAUGGUAGAAACUUUGAAGGGCCUGACAUCCAUCUCAAAAUGCCUAAAAUUUCUUUGCCAACAUUUGGAGCCAAAGAUAAUGCUGAAGCAGAGUGUAAAGGUGAUGUGAAACUCCCAAGAGCAAAAGUUGAUAAGAUGGCUUCUGAAGGUAGUAAACCAAAGCUCCCUACAGUUAAGGUUCCUGGACUUGAUAUCUCUGUACCAGAAGUGCCCGAUGUGGAUAUCAAUAUUAAAGUACCAAAGAGUAAGGGUGAUUAUACUGUUGAAGGAGACAUCAGUGGAAAACAACAUGAUUUGAACAUCAAGGGUCCCAAUGUUGAGAUUGAAAUGCCUAAACUUCCAAAAUUCAAGAAGGAUAAAAGUAAUGUGGAAGUUCAACCACCUCAUGUUGAUAUUGAGAGCGGUGAUGCCAAAAUGAAAGGACUUAAAAUUAAGAUGCCCAAAUUUGGACUUUCCUUUCCCAAGGGUAAACUAAAAGAAGGUGAAGUUGACGUCUCAGGACAGCUGAAUGCCAGUGGGAAGAUCCCAGAAGGGAAGAUUAAAUUCCCAAAAGAAAAGCUUUCAUUGGAAAUGCCUGAUGUGAAUACAGAUGGAAAGAUAAAGCUUCCAUCAGUGGCAUUGCCAUCUGUUGAUAUCUCAGCCCCAAAGGUGGACAUUGAUUUCAGCUUACCUAAAGGUAAAGGGGGUGAUAAGGAGCAAGUAGGGCUGUUGAAGGGAGAAGAUGAGAGACUUUCUUCUGGAGCCAGUCUUGAUGUCCCAGAUGUAUCGCUGAAAAUACCCAAGUUUACACUUCCGAAAUUUACGGGCAAAGUAAAAACAGAUAAUGUUGAACUGGACAGCAAGCAUCUUAAAGCUGAUAUACAGCCUAGCCCUGCAAAGGCAGAUGUAGAAGGCAAAGUUCCUUCAGUAGAAUUUGAUGUUGAUGGCAAAUUGAAAGGAAAAUAUAUGAAGAUGAAAAUGCCUAAAAUGAAAAUUCCUACUUUUGGUAUUACAAAGAAGGAUGAGGAUGUGACUGUCAUCACCCCUGAUGUUGAUACAAAGAUUAAAAAAGGAAAAGUGCAAAUGAAAAGCCCCACUAUUGAACUUGAAGGCCCAGAGGGCAAAGUUAAAUCACCAAAAAUCAAAUUCCCCAAAUUUAAAAUGUCAUCACCAAAGACAAAACUGCCUGAUGCUGAGGUUAAGAUUGGUACUGAGAAAGGAGUUAAAGAGGGUGUUCAAACUCCAGAUGUAACAAUAGAAAUGCCUAAGAUUUCAAUGCCAAAAUUUGGAACCAAAGAUGGAAAAAUGGAUGUUGAUGUUAGUGUAUCCGAGGAAGGAAAACUUAAAAUGCCGUCUCUUGAAAUUUCCCUCCCUACAGUUUCACAUAAAGAGGGUGAGGCGCUGCUGCCAAAGGCAGAGGUUGAUGUAUCUGAAGCAGACAUUAAAGGAUAUGAAGGUGAUCUUAAAAUCCCUAAAAUGCCUAGUCUUGACAUCUCUGCCCCCAAGUUUGAACUUGAUAUAAGUUUGCCUAAAGUUAAAGAUGACUCUGCCUUAGAUCCUAAGCUAGAUAUUAAAGCCAAGAAAGAAGGUGAUCUUGAUGGAACUGAUCGGAAAUUAAAAAUACCUCAAAUCGACUUACCUAAAUUUGGCCACAAAGAAAAGAAUAUCAAUCUGGAGCUUGACAUUCCUGCAGGUAAAGCUGAUGCUAAAAUUGCUAAGCCUGAAAUUUCCAUAUCAAAAGCGAGCGUAGAUGUUCCUGACUUUGAAAUGCAAGGCGCGGAAGGCAGGAUUAAGAUGCCAAAAAUUAAAAUGCCUAAAGUGGAUAUUUCUUUGCCCAAGGGGGACGGUGUUACAGAAAGUGAAGAUAGGAUUAGAAGACCUGAGUUUGAAGAUCCUGCUACGGACGGCAUGAUAAAGUUGCCUUCAUUUGGGAAACUCUCCGCUCCUACAGUAAAAGCACCAGAACUGGACCUUGAACUCAGCUUGAGGAGACCUAAACAUGAAACAGAAAUAGAAGGUAACUUGAAAGGGCCAAAGGGGACAGAAACUGACUUAGGUGUUGCUUCAGAAAAAUCAGAGUAUUAUAUCAAGAUGCCUAAAAUGAAAAUGCCAGAACUAUCCAUUUCUGGUCCACAGAUCAAAGGUAGUGAUCUUGAAAUUGAUGUGGGACUGUCAAAGUUGGACACAGGAAAAGAGAAGAUUAAGGGGGACUUACCCAAAUUAGAAGGAAGUCCUGGUGUCACAAUUAAGGCCCCAAAGAUCAAAACCCCAAAAGUAGAUGCAGAUGUGAAGGCACCAGAGGCUGAUAUUGAAGGAACAAGUGGAAAAUUUAAAAUGAAAAUUCCAAAGUUUGGUUUAUCCACAGCAAAAGAUGAGGGUGAAGUUAAUGUAGACUUGCAGCAGGAAGCCAAGUUUAAGGUUCCAGAUGUGGGAUUUAAUGUGACAAAAGAUGGACACCACAGCACCAAUAUUGACCUUUCCCUUCCUAAGGACAGUAAAGUCAAAGGUUCUAAAAAAGAUGGUAACCUUGAAGUUGAUUUGCCAUCUGUCGAACUGGACAUCCCAGAAGGUGGUAUCAAGGUGCCCAAAUUAAAGAUUCCUAAAAUUGGUGUGACAACAUCCAAAGAGAAGUUAGAAGGAGAAGUUGCUUUAGUGUCAGACUCAGAAGAAGCAGAAGAAAAAGCAAAGAAGCAUCAUUUCAAAUUUCCCAAUGUAGAAAUUUCAAGCUCUAAACCUAAAGGGUAUGCAGAAGUAGAUGUCAAAACGUCUGGGAGAGAUAUGGACCUUGAAGGGCAAACAGAUGGACUAAAGUUAAAAAUGCCCAAAAUCACAGUACCCUCUGUCGGUUUUUCAGAUUCGAAAGACCAGCACUCUUCAACAGAACUGAUUACCCCAGAUUCUGAGGCAGACAUCAAAAUUCCAAAAAUUGACAUUAAGGUUCCAAAGCUUGACAUUAAUAUUCCAAAAGUUGAAAUUAAAGCCCCUGCCGUCAAUGUAAAGGCCCCAGAAGAGGAAUCAUUGGAGAUGGAUGAGGAACAUAAGUCCAAAGUUAAACUACCAAAGUUUGGAAUUGCACUUCCUUCUGUCACACGGUCAGAAACUGAAACAUCAGACGUAAAGUUAAAAGUAAAAGGACCACAAAUCAAAGUUAAAAAUGCUGAAGCGUGUUCCAAAUCGCCACAGUCUAAUGAGGAAGCUGAAGGGCCAAAGAUGCCAAAAGUAAAAAAAGCCGUAUUUGCUUUUCCAAGGUUUAAUGGGGCGGAUGCAUCAUUGAGCCAUUCUCAAGGAGAAGUGAAUCUGAAGGCUGGAGAAACUAAAAUCAGAGUUCCCAAAAUCAAAAUGAAACCCACCUUUGGAAAAUUGCGUUCCAAAACUAAAGGUCCCGAAGUGAAUGGGGAUGCCGAAGAAAUAGAUGGAGAGGAAGAUGAAAAACAUAAAACUGGAAAAAUGAAGAUUCCAAAAGUCACACUUGCAGUCUCUGCGAAGACAAGUGAAGGGGUGAGUUAUCAUGUGAAUGGACAAAGUGACCCCGCUGCAACAAAUGCAUCUCAGCAAGACAAGAGUAAAUUUGGGAAGGUGAAGAUUCCCAAAAUCGAAUUUUCCUCACCCUAUUCCAAGGGGACAGAAGAUGAAGGGGAGGCUGAAAUGAACAUGAAGUUGGUCAAGGAAGAGGAAGCAUCCAUGUCAAAUGGAGACAGUAAGGGCUUAAAAUUUAAAUCUCCAAAAAUUACAUUUUCUGGAUUUAAAAAGAAAACUGGGAAAGAAGAGAUUGAAAAGCCCGUGUCUUCCAGUGCCAGGACUGAAAUGGCCUGUCUAGAAUCUGGGGAUAAACCCAUCUCACAGUCUCCCAAGCCCAAAGUUUCCAUAGGUUUGUUUUCCAGCAAAUCCAGAGGGGAAUACUCCGUGGAACAAAGAACCAAUGGUCAGGAGGCCCAAGAAGAAAGUGGCAAACUUUAUCUGGAAGGUAGAGGAGACAAGUCCCCAAAGUUUAAGCUCCCGAAAUUCUCCCUCAGCCCCAAAUCAAAAGGGGUCCUGGUGAUAACCCCUGAGAGUUCCCCAAAGGCAAGCCAACGUUCCUCACAACAAAAGGAAGGGGAAGAAUCAUCUUCUGGUUUUAAAAUCCAGAUGCCAAGGGUGGGGUUCAAGUCCCGUCAAGACGAGCACACGUCGGAGGAGCGGAUCAUCAUGGAUGAUGAGGAUGAAAGUGUGAUCAUUGUGUCUAAGACAUCUAAACACACAAUAACAGAAUCAGUGACUGAAAAAUCCACCACCAUUUAACCAGUCGCUCUCAGAGGUGGGACUAGAGACACGGUUAACAGAGAAGGUGUACCACUCUGAUGCAGUUACUGUACAUGUUUCAAAGAAGCGACCAUUUUAUACAGUAUAUACAUUUUUGUUUGUUCUUUUUAAUUGCAGAGUUUUCUUUACUAAAUAUACAUUUACUUUUAUGUUUUUUCGCUCCAAUUCACAUGUAUAGUUCUUUUACAUGGGUGCAUAUUCAGUGGAGUUCAGGAUAAAGCUAAAGAGCCAAAUAGGUAACAACAGCCACAAAACAGACGUGCACACAAGUUCACCUGACAGGUUUAAGUUUCACAAUUAAAAAGAGCCAGUGACUGAACGAUUUCUUUUUAGCUUAUUUCUGCUAAACGUUGAAGAUAUGACAGAGGUGUUUUUGGCCAGCCAAUAUCUUAUUGUCUUCUAGUUUUCAGAAGUUAAACAGCAGAUGGCUGCACUUUCUUACCUGUUUAUUGUGAUGAGAUUCUAUUUGGACCGAGUAAGUGGCUGGAGGUUCAGAGAAGGUCGGGUAAAAGGACACAAAAUCCUGAAAUAGAGCCUGCAGUUUGAUUUCAAAUGUGAUUUGCUUGGGCAUUGAUUUGGAAGGUCGACAGGCUGUGUUUGUGCCUCAGCCUUCGCUGCUUUCAUUUGUGUUUCAGUGUGCUGUGACGUUCGGAAAGUCCUGCUGGUGACAUUUGUGAAGUGUUUUAGGUUUGGGAUUAUCAUAAAUGGUAGUUGUAGUACACAGGGAAGCAGUUAAACUUUUGAGAAAUUUAAGGCAGUAUACUAGUCAGUGCUUAGAAUUGAGCACCAUUGAAGAUAAAAUCUAAUGAAAAUAUUUGAACAGAAAAAGUACUGAAGGACCUCCAAAAUUAAAGCUGACAAAGUGAUCAAUGCAUCUCCAAGUUGUUUUUGUAGUGAUCCCUAUGAAUGUUUAUUUUUACUGUAUUUUACUAACGGAUACAACACAGAAAACAGUGUAAGGUAAUGAGAAAAAGUAAUGGUGUCCAACAGUUGUCAUUUUUCUCAUGUUCCAUGGGCUUUUCCCUUGUUACUUUCUCCCAAAGACAUGCACACUGUUAAAAUCUCUUUUAGUAACGGCAAGUACUCCAAUGCUGAAACCAAACUGCCAACCUCCACGUCACUUCCCCCAAUUUCAGUUUAUUCUUUAUUUUAUUGCAGUCAACAUGUAUUAAAGCCAUUCGAAAUAAAGGCGACAUCAUAUUUGCAAUGCAGAAAGUAUACAACACAGAAGACAGCAUAAAGCAAUGAGCAAAAGUAAUGAUACCCAAGACACAUCUUCUUCACAGGUCUCACUGUCUGCCUGAGAUUUCCCAUGGGUACCCCCCCCGCCUACACCCCCCGCCCCCCCAAAUCCCAAAGACAUAACGCACUGUUUAAAUCGCAUUUACUAAUUGCAAGUACCCCAAUGCAGAAACAAGAUUGUCCAUCCCCACACUACUCCCCCUCUGUUCUACUUUUUCUUUAUUUUACUAAAUA